UUGCACCUCCUGCUCCGGGUUUCGUGCGCCGUGUCCGGAGAGGAGCAGCGGUUCAGCGUGGAGGAAUGGCUACAAAAGUACGGGUACCUUCCUCGCACAGACCCCCGGAUGUCUGUCCUGCGCUCAGCCCAAGCCAUGCACUCCGCCAUCGCAGCCAUGCAGCGCAUCUACGGUCUCAAUGUCACAGGGACACUGGAUGAGAGCACCAAAGAAUGGAUGCAAAGGCCACGGUGUGGGGUUCCCGAUAAACUUAAGGGUGUUUCGAGGUCACGGAAGCGGCGGUAUGCGCUGACGGGCCAGAAGUGGCAGCGAACUCACAUCACUUACAGCAUAAAGAACAUCACGCCAAAGGUCGGUACUCGGCCGACCCACGACGCCAUCCGGCGGGCUUUCAACGUGUGGCAGGGCGUGACGCCACUGCGCUUCGAGGCUGUUCCGUACAGCGCCCUGGAGAGUGGCAGGCGCGAUGUGGACAUCACCAUCAUCUUCGCUUCGGGUUUCCAUGGCGACAGCUCCCCCUUUGACGGGGAGGGCGGCUUCCUCGCCCAUGCCUACUUCCCGGGCCCGGGGAUAGGAGGGGAUACCCAUUUUGAUUCGGAUGAGCCCUGGACCCUGGGGAACCCCAACCACGAUGGAAACGACCUGUUCUUGGUUGCGGUUCAUGAGCUAGGCCACGCUCUUGGUUUGGAACACUCCAAUGACCCCACCGCCAUCAUGGCCCCCUUCUACCAGUACAUGGACACAGAGAACUUCAGACUACCUCAUGACGACCUACAGGGCAUUCAGAAAAUCUACGGUCCACCGGACAAAGCACCCCAGCCAACCAGGCCCCCUCCCACAGCUGCCCCUCCUCACUUCUUCCCCCCAUCAGAACCCCGCAAGCACGACCGCCAGGUCAGGCCCCACCGCCCCCCGCAGGGGGCCAAGCCCUCCAACCCAAAUUCCAAACCCAACAUCUGUGAUGGUGGCUUCAACACCCUGGCCAUCCUCCGCCAAGAGCUGUUUGUGUUCAAGGACCAGUGGUUUUGGAGGGUACGGGACAACUCGGUGGUGCCUGGCUACCCCAUGCAAAUCAACUACUUCUGGAAAGGCCUGCCAUCUAAAAUAGAUGCCGUGUAUGAGAACAGUGAAGGGAAGUUUGUUUUCUUUAAGGGAAACCGUUUCUGGGUGUUUAAGGACACAACUCUCCAGCCGACCUACCCUCAAGAGCUCUCCCUGUUCGGGAGUGGCAUGCCCACCCAGAGCAUCGAGACAGCAGUCUGGUGGGAAGACGUGGCCAAGACCUACUUCUUCAAAGGAGACAGAUACUGGCGGUACAACGAGGAUAUGAGGACAAUGGACCCCGGUUAUCCCAAACCCAUCACCAUCUGGAAGGGCAUCCCUGACUCUCCACAAGGGGCUUUUGUGGAUAAGGCAAACGGCUUCACCUACUUCUACAAAGGGAAAGAGUACUGGAAGUUCAACAACCAGCUGCUGCGCGUGGAGCCUGGCUACCCCAGGUCCAUCCUGAGGGACUUCAUGGGCUGUGACGGUCUGCCCGCCGACCCCGACUGGGACUGGAACCCCCCGGUAGCGGAGGAGCGCCACUAUGACAGCGGAGACGUGGACAUUGUCAUCAAACUGGACAGCACGGGCGGCACGGAGAAAGCAGUGGCCAUUGCCAUCCCUUGCGUCCUGGCUCUGUGCAUGAUGGUCCUGCUCUACACCGUCUUCCAGUUCAGGAGGAAGAGCACGCAGCGCCACAUACUGUACUGCAAGCGCUCCAUGCAGGAGUGGGUCUGA